AUGGAUGUGCGGCAGAGGCAGAGGAGGGCGCGGCCGCCGGCAGUGGGCCAGGCGGGGGCGCCCCGGGUGCUCCAGGCGGGGGACGCGCUGCCGCUGCCGAUCCGGCACACGAACCUCAUCUUCUCGGCGCUCUUCGCGGCCUCGCUCGCCUACCUGAUGCGGCGGUGGCGCGAGAAGAUCCGCUCCUCCACGCCGCUCCACGUCGUCGACCUCACCGAGAUUCUCUCCAUCUUCGGCCUCGUCGCCUCGCUCAUCUACCUGCUCAGCUUCUUCGGCAUCGCCUUCGUGCAGUCCAUCGUCUCGUCCAGCGACGAGGACGUGGAUUUCCUGGUCGGCCCUCCCGCCGCGCCGGCGCCGGCGCAAUGCGGGCUUCUCGGGGGCUCCGACGCGGUGGUGCCAGAGAAAAUGCCCGAGGAGGACGAGGAGAUUGUGGCCUCCGUCGUCGCCGGGAAGGUGCCCUCCUACGUGCUGGAGACCAGGCUCGGCGACUGCCGGCGCGCCGCGGGGCUCCGGCGCGAGGCGAUGCGGCGGAUCACGGGGCGGCAGAUCGAGGGGCUCCCGCUGGACGGCUUCGACUACGCGUCCAUCCUCGGGCAGUGCUGCGAGCUGCCGGUGGGGUACGUCCAGCUCCCCGUGGGCAUCGCCGGGCCGCUCCUGCUCGACGGCCAGCGGUUCUACGUACCCAUGGCGACCACCGAGGGCUGCCUCGUCGCCAGCACCAACCGCGGCUGCAAGGCCAUAGCCGAGUCAGGCGGCGCCACCAGCGUUGUGCUCCGGGACGCGAUGACGCGCGCUCCCGUCGCCCGCUUCCCCACCGCGCGCCGCGCCGCCGAGCUCAAGGCCUUCUUGGAGGACCCCGCCAACUUCGAUACGCUGUCCGUUGUCUUCAACAGAUUUGGGAGGCUGCAGGGAGUGCAGUGCGCGAUGGCCGGGAGGAACCUGUACAUGAGAUUCAGCUGCAGCACAGGGGAUGCCAUGGGGAUGAACAUGAUCUCCAAGGGCGUGCAGAACGUGCUGGAUUACCUCCAGGAUGACUUCCCUGACAUGGAUGUCAUUAGCAUAUCAGGUAACUUUUGUUCUGACAAGAAGCCAGCCGCUGUAAAUUGGAUCGAGGGGCGUGGCAAGUCUGUGGUUUGUGAGGCGGUAAUCAAGGAGGAAAUUGUGAAAAAGGUUCUGAAAACCAAUGUGCAGUCUCUAGUAGAACUAAAUGUGAUCAAGAAUCUUGCUGGCUCAGCUGUUGCUGGAGCUCUUGGGGGGUUCAAUGCCCAUGCAAGCAAUAUUGUAACAGCCAUCUUCAUAGCCACUGGCCAGGACCCUGCGCAAAAUGUGGAAAGUUCUCAGUGCAUCACAAUGUUGGAAGCUGUAAAUGAUGGCAAAGAUCUCCACAUAUCUGUCACUAUGCCCUCUAUUGAGGUGGGCACAGUUGGUGGUGGGACUCAGUUGGCGUCACAGUCUGCAUGCCUGGACCUGCUGGGCGUGAAAGGCGCCAACAGGGAAUCGCCAGGAUCGAACGCGAGGCUCCUGGCCACCGUGGUGGCAGGCGGGGUUCUCGCCGGCGAGUUGUCCCUCUUAUCCGCUCUCGCCGCUGGCCAGCUCGUCAAGAGCCACAUGAAGUACAACAGAUCCAGCAGAGACAUGUGCAAGGCGGCAUCUCUAAGUUCUUGA